AUGGAAGAAAACACAGCUUUAAAUGAAGGCCGUUCACGAAGAACUUCCAAAAACAAAUCUGAGAAACUUGCUGCAUUUGAAAAAUUAAAAGCUUUAAAAGGAACAAAGCAUAAGUAUGAGAUAAUAGAAGAAGCUCGAGUUUAUGAAGAAGUUACUGAGAAGGAAUAUUCUCGUUUAGUCCAAGAAAGGCAAGAAGAUGACUGGAUUGUUGAUGACAAUGGCAUUGGGUACUGUGAGGAUGGCCGCGAAAUCUUUGAUGAUGACAUUGAAGAAAAUGUUUACACCGAUAAAAAAGCCAAACAGCCACCAAAGAAAAACUUUUCUGGACCUAAAAAGAAUUCUUCAAAAAGUUCUGACAUCAAGAAUUUAUUUAAAACUGUCCCGGUGAAGAGAAAAAACGAGGAUGUUAAACUUGAUGAUGAUGAUAUUCUGGGUAGCAUCAUGGAGGAUCUGCAUAAAGAAACCGUUCCAGUUUUUAAUACACCUAAACCAAUGCUGCUUCGCAAGAAACAUAAGUUCAACCAUCCUUCUCCUGUGCAGCGGUACCAAAUAAAUCCUUUUUCAAAAGACAAAGGUCCCUUAGCUUCAGAAUUUGUGCCAAAAUUAGAAAAGAACAUCAAAUCUGAUUCUCAAAUUUCACAUAGGGCGCCAAUUAAGCCCAAAGUUGUUGAUUUUGAUAACUGUCAAAAUAAUGAUUGGAAUGGUUCAGAAGUAAUUGAAGAAUUUUCUCAAGAUCCCGAUUUUAAACCAUCUAAAGAAAAUGAAGUGGAUAUCAAAGACUCACUAGAAAUGGAUUUUGAUCCCAGUGGAGACAUUUUUAUUGAAGAAGAAAAUUCAUCUGUAUUAGAAAAUUUAGAUGAAUCUCCUGCAGAAACAAAGCCAGUGUCAGAAACAGAAUCUAAAAAUAUUUGUACUUUUCAAGGAACUUUUAGUGCAGAAAACUGUGAAAGUGCCAUUCCUGAUGUUAACAUAGAUGCUGGUCAUUUGCCUCUAAUUACAAAUAAUGAUGGGAAUUCAGUAUUGAGGUUUUUCCUCCUUGAUGCAUUUGAAGAUUCAUACAAGCAUCCAGGUAUUGUUUAUUUAUUUGGUAAGAUAUUUUUGGAAGAUGUAAAAACUUAUGUCAGUUGUUGCGUGACUGUUAAGGAUGUCCCAAGACGUGUCUAUUUUUUACCACGUGAAACAGAAAUUGAUGUUAAAACAAAACAAGAUACCGGAAAAGCUGUAACAAUGCAAGAUUUGUACUCUGAAGUUAAUUCUAUUUUAGAGAAAAUGAAAAUAUCAGAGUUUCGUAGCAAGAAAUCAAUGAAAAAAUAUGCCUUUGGUGGAGCUGAGAUUCCUGAUGCUUGUGAAUAUCUGGAAGUCCAUUACCCUGCAAAUUUUCCUCCUCUUCCAUCUGAUCUCAGUGGUGCAACAUUUAGCCAUGUUCUUGGAGUUGAUUCUACUAGCAUGGAGAUGGUACUUAUAGAACAAAAGUUAAAAGGUCCAUGCUGGGUUGAUAUUUUGCAACCACAGGCUUCCGUUCCUGCUUUCAGCUGGUGUAAAGUUGAGGCUUCUGUAUCUAAACUUAAGAAUAUAAUUUGUGUGGUUGAAACUUUACCAGCUCCUCCUUUAACUCUUAUGUGUUUGAAUUUGACAACUGCUGUUAACUCAAAGACUCAGCAAAACGAAAUUGUUGCAGUAUCUUGUUUGAUUCACCAUAGUUUUCCCUUGGACAAGCCAGCUCCAACACCUCAAUAUCAGAGUCAUUUUUGUGUGUUGACUAAACCUAGUGAUGCGAUCUUUCCAUACGAUUUUAAAGAAGCAAUUUUGAAGUAUAACAACACAAAAGUUGAAAGAGUUGAUUCAGAGCGUAGCCUUUUAAUAUACCUCUUGGCCAAAAUUAAUAAAUUGGAUCCUGAUUUAAUAAUGGGUCAUGAUGUUUUGAGUUUUGUGCUGGAUAUUCUUUUACAUCGAAUGGUUGUGCAUAAAGUUCCCAAUUGGUCUAGAAUUGGAAGAUUGAGAAGAGCUGGAAUGCCUCGUCUAAAUAAUGCUCAAGGUGGUGUAAUGGAAAAGAAUUCUACCUGUGGUCGAUUACUUUGUGAUGUGAAAAUAUCUAGUAAAGAGUUGAUACGCUGCAAAAGUUAUGAUUUAGAGGAACUUUCUAAUCACAUUCUUAAUCAACAGUACACUGAAAUACCAUCAGAAUCCAUACAAAACUUUUACUCAUCAUCAAAACAACUUUUUCAGUUGAUUGAUCACAGUAUGCUGACAGCUGAAUUAAUAUUGAGAAUAUGCUGUGAACUUAAUGUGUUACCAUUGGCUUUGCAAGUUACAAAUAUUACUGGAUGCAUUAUGUCAAGAACUUUACUAGGCGGUAGAUCUGAACGCAAUGAAUAUCUCUUGCUUCACGCAUUCCAUGCUCAAGACUUCAUUUUCCCUCCAAAAUCUCAAGGAAAAAAAGCUCAAAAAGUGGUGGCUGAUGAUGAAUUGGAAAUUACUUCUAAACAAGGUCGACGUAAGCCAGCAUAUGAGGGGGGUUUAGUUCUUGAUCCGAAAAAAGGCUUCUAUGACAAAUAUAUAUUAUUGAUGGAUUUCAACAGUUUGUAUCCCUCAAUCAUCCAAGAGUACAACAUUUGCUUUACUACAAUGCCUCGAGCAGGAAAGGAAGCAGAAAAUAAUAGUGAGGAAGAACUUAUUGUAAGUGUGCCAGACCCUGGACUAAAACCUGGUGUUUUACCAACAGAAAUUCGUAAACUGGUUGAAAGUCGUAAACAAGUUAAGCAGAUGAUGAAAGCUACUGAUGUUACAAAAGAACGAUAUGCCCAAUACGAUAUCAGGCAAAGAGCUUUGAAGUUAACAGCAAACAGCAUGUACGGAUGUCUUGGUUUUAGUCAUUCAAGGUUCUAUGCAAAAGCUUUAGCUGCACUUGUUACUCGUAAAGGAAGAGAAAUUUUGUUGAAGACAAAAGAGCUAGUAGAGAGAAUGGGGUUAGAUGUUAUAUAUGGAGAUACAGAUUCAAUCAUGAUAAACACUAAUCAAGUUGAUCUGGAUGAAGUAAAUCUGCUUGGCAAUAAGGUCAAGAAUGAAGUCAACAAGCUCUACAAACUUUUGGAAAUAGAUAUUGAUGGCAUUUAUAAACCUAUGCUCUUAUUAAAGAAGAAAAAAUAUGCUGCUUUGUCUGUAACACGUCUUCCAAAUAAUAAAAUUGUGUUUAAAGAAGAAAUAAAAGGGUUGGACAUUGUUAGAAGAGAUUGGUCUCAGCUUGCUAAAGAAUCAGGACAAUUCAUCAUAAAAGAAAUCUUGUCCAAUAAAUCAAAGGAAGACAUUGUAGAAAACAUUCAUCAACAUCUCCGAACAUUGGGGGAAGAAGUAUCGCAAGGAAGGAAACCACUGUCAGAUUAUAUCAUUUACAAACAACUUACUAAAAAUCCUGAAGAUUACCCAAACAAGAAAAACCUUCCACAUGUACUUGUUGCUAUCAGAGUAAAUGAGAAGGGAGGAAAGAAAUUACGAAUGGGUGACACUGUGUCAUUCAUUAUUUGUUUAGAUGGUUCUGAUGGCCCUGCAAUGCAAAGAGCAUAUCAUCCCGAUGAGUUAAAAUCAAAUGAAAAUUUGAAAAUAGAUGUGUCUUACUACUUGUCACAACAAAUUCAUCCUGUGAUAUCCCGAUUGUGUGCACCUAUUGAAGGCACUGAUGCAGGAGUUAUUGCUGAUUGUUUAGGUUUGGACUCGUCCAAGUAUCAGUCUGCUGUUCGGGAAGCUGAAGAAGAAGAAGACAAACUUUUGAAUCCAUCAUCUUUGUUCGAUGACAAAGAUAGAUUUCAAGACUGUGAGAAAUUAGUUUUUGUAUGCCCAGCUUCAGAGUGUUAUCAUAAAAUCGUUAUUGAUGAUAUUUUAGUGAAAGAGCCAAAUUCCAUCAGUUGCAUUUUAAAGUCUUGUGCAAAUUGUAAGACUAGCAUGGUUCAACAUAUAGCCAAUCUCAAGAAUCAACUACAGAAGACAAUUAGGCAGUUUAUUUCAAAGUAUUAUAAGCUUGUUUUGAUCUGUGAAGACGUUGGCUGUGCUUAUGAGACACGUAAAGUGCCCCUUAGAUUUACAAGUGGAGGUCCUAUUUGUUCUUCUUGUAGAAAUUCAAAUCUUCAUUUAAAAUACACAGAAGCUCAACUUUACACCCAGUUGGCAUACUUUCAACAUUUGUUUGAUUUAGAUAAAGCAGUUUCAUCUCUUACAGAUGAAGAAAAAAUUUUAUACACUAAGCAAGAGGAUGUGGCUAAAGUCUACACCAUUUUAAAAUGUACGAUUGAUCAAGUUUUAAGAAAUAGUGCAUAUGGAAUCGUGAAUUUAACAGCAUUGUUUCAUGGACUUUACGAGCAAGAUUUGAACAAAUAGAAUAAUAGAGUAAAAGGCAUUCUUUUUUUUUUUUACAAACUAUUAUUAAAAUGUUCAAUGAAUAUUUUUGUUUAUUAUGACUUUUCUUAAUUUCACCUCAAAUUUUCAUCUUAAUAAUAAAUUAUUAAAUGAUUAAUAUUUUUUAAAUAACAUGCUUUAGACAAGUGAACUUUUAUCAUCAGAAAAGUGUGAAACAUAUUGUUGUUUCUAACACAAUCUAUUUUAACUUUGAAUUUUAAUGUUUAUGAAUUUUAAUUUCGUGAAGCAGAUUGAAUGAAUGAGUAAAAAAGAGGACAUUUUGAGUACUUUUUUCUUAAUCAUUGUUAUGCCAGUCUAUAUUUAUACAUGUACAUUG